GUAAUAAGAUUCCCAGUGUUCGGGGCUGAGAGUGAAGACGUUGUCGGGAGCGGAGGGAUCGGGCUCCCCGGGGCUGACACACAUCACACCGGCAGGGACUGCAGGGAUCUCCUGGAGAAGCCGGGACUUGUGGGAUCGUGUAGAUCUGCCCAUCCUGGAGGAGGAGGAGGACGGGGGGGACAUGCAGCAUCUCUGGGGAAUCCCUUAGCGGAAUAAGUAUUGACUUCAGCCUCUGGAAAUUGAAGCGUGCAGGAUUACGUUCUGUUUGGGAAUUGCUCAACAUAUUGUUUUCCCUUGGAUAACCUUGUUGGUUUUAACUCUGUUUAACCUUUGAUGAAGUUUACCUUGUUGGCUGAGCAUCAUGGCAUCAAGUUUGACAUGUACCGGGGUGAUCUGGGCACUGCUGUCCUUCCUGUGUGCUGGAGCGUCAUGCGUGGGGUUUUUCAUGCCUUAUUGGCUCUUGGGCUCUCAGUUGGAUAAGCCGGUGUCGUUUGGUACUUUCCGGAGAUGUUCUUACCCUGUAAGAGAUGAGAGCCUACAGACCACUGUCAUGGUGGAGCAAUGUGGUCGCUAUGCCUCUUUCCAAGCCAUUCCAAGCCCUGAGUGGCGAAUCUGUACAGUGGUUACUGGACUUGGAUGUGGUCUUCUGCUUCUGGUGGCAUUGACUGCUAUCAUGGGAUGCUGCGUCUCUGAGCUUAUCUCCAGGACUGUUGGAAGAGUGGCUGGUGGGAUACAGUUUCUGGGAGGUCUGCUGAUUGGAUCUGGUUGCGCUUUGUAUCCUCUGGGUUGGAGCAGUGAGGAGGUCCGACAAGCAUGUGGAAAUGUCUCUGCACAGUUUGAGUUGGGUAUGUGCAGAAUCGGAUGGGCAUAUUACUGCACCGGUGGAGGAGCGGCAGCCGCAAUGCUCAUCUGCACGUGGUUGUCAUGUUUCUCUGGAAAAAAACAAAAGCAAUACCCAUAUUAGAAGCCACUUGGAGAGAUGAGGAGCAGCAUUCUGUUUCCUGAGCCUAGCUUUGGAGCUUGCCUACCGGGACAGCUGACAAGUUAAAUAUCACUUGGGGAUGUGACUCUGCAGCCACAAGAACUUGGAUAAAAUGCAACAUAUGAGAAACAAAAGUCUGGUUCUAAGUAUGGACAAUGUGCUGGGGACGGAGAACCAUGCUACUGGAAGGCCACAAUUGGGAUUCUGAAUGAGCAAGGUCUAAACUUGGUAAUUGCUGGUUGGGAUAAGCACAUAUGUAUAGCACACAGGCCUCUCUUACCAUUGAGUAUUCCACCUAUCAAAAUGGCCGACAGUCACAUUCACUACUAUAGAAUGUGAUGCACUGGAGGACUCUUACUCUCUUACUCUCUUUUUCUCUCUCUUGUUUUCAGGUUUUUCCUUAUUCUGGCACAAUAUAACAAUGGUGGACUCAGUGCAGUGGUCUAAGACAAGUACCAGUAUUACAUAACUGAUUAUGAAGCCACAUGACCACUUAGCCCCGAAUGAGCAGAGAUGUACACAAGUAAAUGACACAUUAUCAUAGAACUUUUCUUACAAAACGAUAAAAUAUCAACUUGCUCUAUAAUAUGAUAUCUGUAGUUCAGACUGCAUUUUUAGUGUGACAGGUUCCCUUUAAGAAGGCAUUGACCUUUUAAAUCCACUAGAUCACCAGGGAUGUCGGUUUUGACCUUUAUAAUACACUAGACCGGGUAUGCUGACUUUAACCUUUUAAGUACACUAGACCAUAAAUUAUGACCCAUUCAGUACCUAAGGGUCUAUUCACACGGCAUAAUUUCAGAUGGCGGGAUUCCGACUCAAAUUAAAGGGGUAGUCCGGUGGAAAACUUUAGUUUGUUUAAAUCAACUGAUGCCAAAAAGUAAAAUAGAUUUGUAAAUUACUUCUAUUAAAAAAUCUUAAUCCUUCCAGUACUUAUUAGCAGCUGUAUACUACAGAGGAAAUUAUUUUCUUUUUGGAUUUCUUUUCUGUCACAACCACAGUGCUGUCUACUGACACCUCUGUCCAUGUCAGGAACUGUCCAGAGCAGGAGAAAAUCCCCAUAGCAAACAUAUGCUGUGAGCGUCCGGAAUGGUGUAAAAAUACCAAAAAAUUUCCCUAAAUGUUGAUCAGGUACAAGCCAUUGCCUCCUUCUUCCUGUCAGUGGAAUAACAUGAAAACCUUAAUGACAUGUCUCUUUAAAAGGUUACUCCGCCUCUAGCCAUCUUAUCCCCUUCAAAUGAUAGGGGGUAAGAUGUCUGAUGGCAGGCGGCUCGCUGCUGGGACCCAGCGCAAUUUCCCUGCAGCAUCGGGCAUUCGUUUAGAAUGCUGGCUGAUGCACCGGAGGUUUGUGAUGUCAUGCCCAUGCCCCUCGUGACAUUACGGCCACGCCCCUCAAUGCAAGUCUAUGGGAGGGGGAGUGGCGGCGGGAGGGGGCGUGGCCAUGAUGUUCGCUCCAUUCUCCUGGUGACUGCGGUGCCACAGCAGAGAUCGCGGGGGUCCCAGCAGCAAGACCCUUGCCAUCAGACAUCUUAUCCCCUAUACUUUGGAUAGGGGAUAAGAUAUCAAGGGCGAGUACCCCCAUUUUCUGAAACUCCUCUGUGUUACUAUGUCCUCCGACAAACAGAGGAGCUUCACAUUCAGUAUUAUUUUCCUUUGCUGCAUAUAUAUUAUGUAUAAUAUUCAUCGGACCGAUAAUCACUCUUUAUGUGCACAGGAGACAAUAAGAACCAAUACUGCAUUAUGUUUUGUAUUAAAAUUAUCAUUUGGUCAAUUCUAUUUCUAAGAAAGUACAAGAAAGGUAGCCCAGAUUUUUUGGAUAACCUACUGCAUCCCUUUCAUGCAUUUACAUCUAUGUGCAGAGAAUGAUUGAAAACCGUAGCUGGCUCGAGUCUCAUACUUUGAAAACCAUGGCUACAUAGUUCUGCCCUUUAAUUCGCUCUAUAUAAUACCUUCCCCAGAGCUUUCCUUAAAGGGGUACUCCACUGCACCAGCAUCCGGAACAGACCCCCAGCCAGGCCCCCUCAAUGCAAGUCUAUGGGAGGGCGCGUGGCGCCUGCCACGCCCCCUCCCAUAGACUUGCAUUGAGGGGGCGUGACAUGAUGUCAUGAGGGGGCGUGUCCAUGAUGUCACGACCCUGCACCCAGCGUUUGGAACAAAAUGUUUCGGACGCUGGUGCAGUGGAGUACCCCUUUAAAUGUUGAUCAGGUACAAGUCAUUGCCUCCUUCUUUUUGUCAGUGGAAUAACAUGAAAACCUUAGAGACAUUUCUCUUUAAAGGGGUACUCCGGUGGAAAACUUUUUUUUUUUUUUUU